AAGAUAACUCGCAAUCUUUCAUUUGCCAGUAUGAACGACGCAUUCACAGUGUUAACUACCUAAUAAAGAAUAUUUCAUUUUAAAAUUAAAGUGAACAAUUACCCGAAAGAGAUUUGUUUUGAUUUCAAAUACUGAUUAACAAAUAUUGUUGCCCCAAAAUGAUUAUCAAGGGUAACAAUGAAUCCAAAAAAGGUACAAGUUCAUUAGAACAUAUAAUAAAUGAGUCAGAUGAUAAAUCGGAUGAAUCUUCCAAAUUAUUCACAUUGGAUAUAACAAAAACAAUCAACAGAGAACAGGAAAUUGUAAAUAGUGCAUAUGCAGACGACAAGUCCAAUUCUCAUGCUAAAAAUGCUAAAUCUUAUUUCGCUUUGGUGCUCAUUGCAAUUUUUAUAACUGCUGUUAUAGCACUUGCUAUAUUGCAUUCACCUUAUCUUAUAUGCAAUGUCAAAAAAUCUGAAUAUAUGAACAAUGUUAUGAAGAUUGUUGAAAAUUGGAAAUUCAACCCUAAUAAAGACACAGAUAAUGUUAUUGAAAAAGCAGAGUACGUUUAUAGCUUUAUUAUCGUUGAAGAUGAUGAUGGUAUUGUUGAACAGUGUAAACAAAUUCCUGUAUCAUUACGGUUUGAUUGUCUUCCGGAAUUUGGUGCUAACGAAUCAGAAUGUACAAGAAGAGGUUGUUGUUGGAGUCCGGUGGAUGAGGAUAAUAAAUUCCUUAAUAUUCCUUAUUGUUAUUAUCCUGAUAAUUGGAGUCUUUAUAAAUAUGAAAACUACAGUCAAGAAGGCAACAAUUUUUCCGGAUUCCUUCAAUUAAAAAACAAAUCUAUUUAUAAGAAAAACAUACCUCUUAUCAAAAUGGAAACGACAACAAUUGACAAUACAAUAUUACGCGUUAAGAUCUUUGAUCCUGUAAAUCAAAGAUAUGAACCACCAUGGCCAGUAACAACUAAUCGUUCACCUUCAGAUCGUCUAAAUGUAGAUACACUUUAUAAAUUUAUCACUGACGAUGAAAAAAUUGGAUUUAAAGUCAUGAGAUCUGACGACAACACAAUAUUAUUUGACUCUAUUGGUCUUGGUGGUUUCAUAUUUGCCGAUCAAUUCUUACAAAUAAGUGGUAUAUUAUCUUCCCAAUAUAUUUAUGGUCUUGGUGAGCAUAGAUCAAAUUUUAAAAUUAAUAACGAAUGGAAACGAUAUGCUAUGUUCAACAUGGAUCAACCACCAGUGGAAUAUGCGAAUUUAUAUGGUACUCAUCCAUUUUAUUUGAUGAUCGAAGAAUCUGGAUAUUGCCAUGGUGUAUUAUUUUUAAACAGCAAUCCUAUGGAAAUAAUGUUACAACCCACUCCUGCAAUAACUUACAGAAGUAUAGGUGGUAUUUUUGAUAUGUACUUUUUAUUGGGUCCAACUCCUCAGGAUGUGAUUGAACAAUAUUCCACACUUGUUGGUAAACCUUUUCUACCGCCAUAUUGGUCCUUAGGUUUUCAUUUAUCUCGAUAUGGAUAUGGAAACUUAGAAAAAACUAAAGAAGUAUGGAACAGAACCAGAACAGCUGGAAUACCAUUUGAUACUCAAUGGAACGAUUUAGAUUACAUGGAUAAAAAUAAAGAUUUUACGUAUGAUAAUAAAACGUUUAAAGAUUUACCAGAAUUCAUUGACGAAUUACAUAAAUUGGGAAUGCAUUAUAUUCCAUUGAUCGAUGCUGGUAUUUCUGCGUCAGAAGCAAGUGGAUCUUAUCGUCCAUACGAUGAAGGUGUAAAAGAAGGAAUAUUUAUAAAAGAUGCGAUAACCAACGAACCAUUUAAAGGAAAAGUUUGGAGUAAUGGGUUAACUGUGUGGCCUGAUUUCACUCAUCCAAAAGCGAAAGAUUAUUAUUUGAAUAUGAUGCAAGAUAUGCAUAAUAAAUUCAAAUACGAUGGUGCAUGGAUCGAUAUGAAUGAACCAUCUAACUUUUACAACGGUAAUAAAAAUGGUUGCGUCAAUAACGAAUUAGAUAAUCCUGAAUUUAAACCAAUGAUUAUGGGAAGUACAUUAGCAGUAAAAACAUUAUGCAUGAAUGCAAAACAUUAUUUAGGAGCGCAUUAUAAUCUUCACAAUACUUAUGGUACCAGUCAUGCAAUAGCUACAAACUACGCUCUUACUAAUAUCAGAAAGAAAAGGCCAUUUAUAAUUUCAAGAUCUACAUGGGUUGGACAUGGAAAAUAUGCUGGUCAUUGGUCUGGCGAUGUUUUCUCUACAUGGCAUGAUUUAAAAAUGAGCAUUCCUGAAAUGCUUAAUUUCAAUCUAUUCCAAAUACCAAUGGUGGGUGCUGACAUUUGUGGAUUUAAUGGAAAUACUACUGCAGCUUUGUGUAAUCGAUGGAUGCAACUUGGUGCAUUUUAUCCUUUCGCAAGAAAUCAUAACUCGGAUAGUACAAUAGAACAAGAUCCAGUAGCUAUGGGUAAUUUAGUUGUGAAAUCAUCUAAAAGAGCAUUUACCAUACGUUAUUGGUUGUUACCAUAUUUGUACACAUUAUUUUAUCGAGCACAUGAAUAUGGAGAAACCGUCGUUCGUCCAUUAUUUUUUGAAUUCAUUAACGAUAAAGCUACGUACGAUAUAGAUACACAAUUUAUGUGGGGAAGAUAUUUAAUGAUCAAUCCAGUUUUAGAAGAGAAUAAAACAACUGUAACAGCUUAUGUACCACGUGGAGAAUGGUAUGAUUUAUAUACAAAAAUAAUGUUCUUUUCCAUUGGCAAGAAGUUUACAUUCGAUGCACCAUACGAUACAAUACCUUUGUUAAUUCGUGCUGGUUCGAUAUUACCAGCACAAAAGCCAGGUCCUACGACUACGGAUAGUAGGAAGAAUGGUUUUGAAUUAUUAGUAGCAUUGAAUAGAGUGGGAUACGCUAGAGGAGAAUUGUAUUGGGACGAUGGAGAUAGUUUGGGUACGUUAUGUACAUUUAUUAACACAUUUGCAGCUGUCAUAUUUUUUGUCAAUUCU